ACAGCGCUUUCACUGCAAACGUAAAUCCUACUGUUUAGCGACAUUUGGUGUAACUUCUUGUCAUCUCACUCAGCAUCAAAUGGAGACGACAGUCAGCUCACUACGACAGGUGGACCUAAACCAUACCAGUGAGGAUUCAGUAUCACCUAAAAUGGAUCUAGAGACUGCGCUGAAGGACUGCUCCACCGCCCUGGAUCUUUUUCUGAACAAUAGGUUCGCUGAUGCUUUGGCUUUUUUACAACCCUGGAAGAGUCAGAGCAUGUACCAUGCAAUGGGCUACAGUAGCAUCUUGGUGAUGCAGGCAGGGAUGACCUUUGAUCCUAAGGACAUGGAUGCUGCCAUGACGUCAUUGAGAGAAUCACUGCAGACAUGCCAGAGAUUUCGGAAGAAAACUGGAAUAGUCGAGACUCUGACCAGCCUGUGGUAUAGACAACCAGCUGACAAUCUGACAGAGGAAGAGAUGCAUGCAGAGCUGUGCUAUGCUGAGGUUCUGCUGCAGAAGGCAACUCUCACAUUCCUGGAUGAGAGUAUAAUCGGCUUCAUCAAAGGAGGGAUGAGAAUCCGAAACAGUUAUCAGAUUUACAAGGAUUGCCAGGCCAUGGCAAAUGUCACAGAAGGCGGGGAAAAGCAGAAGAGUACACACAUUCACUUUAGGGGCGGUGUCAACAUGGGCAUUGGAUCAUUUAACCUGAUGCUGUCUCUGCUUCCAUCCAGAGUCCUCAGACUCAUGGAGUUUUUGGGCUUCUCAGGAGACAGGGAGUUGGGUUUGUCAGAGUUGAGAGAGGGAGCAGCUAGCAACAGCCUGCGCUCUAUCCUCAGCACCCUGACUCUGCUGAUGUUCCAUCUCUACAUCACAGUGAUACUUGGUACCAGUGAUGGAAACCUUGCUGAGGCUGAAGCUCUGCUCAAACCCUACAUUGAGAAGUUCCCAAAUGGAGCCCUCAUUCUUUUCUACAUCGCAAGAAUUGCUUUGCUCAAAGGAAACUUCACAUUUGCCCAGGAGAAGUUCCUGGCAUGCAUCGCAGCACAGGAAGAGUGGCGUCAGAUUCACCACCUGUGUUACUGGGAGCUGAUGUGGGCUUACUCGUUUGAACAAAACUGGAAGGAGGCUUAUCGAUACGCCGACCUCCUCUGCAAGGAGAGCAAGUGGUCCCAGGCCAUCUAUGUAUUCCAGAAAGCUUCCAUCUUGAGCAUGCUCCCAGAGGAAGAAGUGACUAAACUGGGAGAAAACGUGGUGGAAUUAUUCAGGCAGGUGGAGGGUCUCCGUUUGAGAAUUGCUGGGAAAUCGAUUCCAACGGAGAAGUUUGCAGCGAAGAAGGCCCAGCGAUACGCUUCCUCAAACCCUGUGAAAUUAGUCGUCCCCGCUUUGGAAAUGAUGUAUGUGUGGAAUGGCUUCACAAUAGUUGGCAAAAGACCUGAGCUGACUGAAAGCAUCUUGACCACUUUGGAGAAAGCAGAGGAGCAGCUCAGAGAUGAUCCAAACCCAUCGGAGUAUCACCUGGAUGACCAGUGUAUUGUCCAGCUGCUGAAGGGCUUGUGUCUAAGACAGCUGGGCCGUCUGGUCCAAGCUGAGCUCUGCUUCAAGCAUGUCAUUUCCAGUGAAAAUAAUAUCAAGCAUGAAAACUAUCUGGUGCCAUAUACCAUGUAUGAGCUGGGCCUGUUGCACAAGCAGAAAGGUGACAUCAGUGCUGCUAUCACAGUGAUUGAAAAUGCCAAGAUGAACUACAAAGACUACAGCAUGGAGUCAAGGCUACACUUCCGCAUCCAUGCAGCACUCAACACAAUGGGCUCCUUCUCAGCCAAACUUCCCCCUUCACGUACACCAGCUUAA